GAAUAGAUGGAUAGAUUUCCAGCCGCUGGAAAAUGGCCCCAGAAGUCGGCGAGUUUGAAAGACGCCUGAUCCCUCUCAACUGACGAGCCGACCUUCGGACGCACAGGAUCAGCCGUCGCCCCGGUUACAUGGCACCAGCCAGCUGACACCAUGGCCCAGAUAUCCAGUGGCUAUAAGCAGGACCGGUCCCCCUCCCUGGGGGCGGCGGACGGGCCCGAGGGGAUUGUGGGUAAAGAGGAGGCGCUGCGGAUGGAGGCCGAGGCUCUGGCCAGACACCAGCGGAGGAAGAGGCACUCGCUCCCCGCGACGUCGCCCUCGGCGACCGCGGCGCGCCUCCUGGCCCGGGAGCUGCAGGGCGUGGCCUCGCGGUCGGGCCGCCAGCCGGAGGCCGACCUCAUCGUGUUCGCCGAGUCGGAGGGCGAGAGGAGGGGGGCGGACGGGGACGGGGACGGGGGCGGGGGCGGGGACGGGGGCGGGGGCGGGGGCGGGGGCGAGGAGAAGCUGAGCAGCGAGGAGCUGGAGCGCCUCCUGCUGCAGGACUCGGCGGGGAGCGGCUGCGCCUCCCGGCCCUCGGCCCUGCUGGGCUGCAGCCUCAGCGCCUCCUACCCGGGGUCCCAGGCCUUCCACCCCGCCCCUCACCAGUGGGGGGCCUGGACCCCCUCCCAUCCGCGGGGCCCCGUCUUCCCCUGCACGGUCUUCCCCAAACCGCCCCCCUUCCAAAGCGGCUUCCCCGCUCCCGCCCCGCCCUUCGGGGCCGCCUCCUCCGAGCACGCCUUCUUCCUCAGCCUCCCGACAAGCCCCGCCUUCGUGACCUUUGCCCCCUUGCAGAGUCCCGCCCCCGCCGUUUCCCCGGAGUUGGCUAAGCUCUUCGACCAGAUCGCCAGCACGUCGAAGUUCCUGAAAGACGGGAGGCCCUCCGGGGGCGACCGGGAACGGCUGACCCCGCCUCUGGCCCCGCCCCUUGCCCCGCCCCCGACCAACCCCGCUGCUCCGCCCGCUGCCAGCAGGAUCGAGUGGCUGGACCUGGACCCCCUCAGCACGGGGAAGGCGGACGCUGAAGAGGCCCCGCCCCCUGAGCCUGAGGAGGCGGGGCCAGCGGGGGACCCCUGGGAUGCUGUGCUGCUGGACGAAGGGGACGGGGGAGGGGGCGGAGCCAGCAGCCCCACCCCUCCGGCGAGGCUCCAGCGCCCCGUCCCGUCACGGCCCAGGAGGGCCCCCAGGGGUGUGGGCUUGACCCGGAGCCACUCCCUCAACAUCCACCCAACAUCGUCCCAGCCCGACCAGAGCAGCCAGUGUGAUGAGGGAAGUGUGCAGGCUGGAUCUGUGCGGGCCGUCGUGCAGGGUGGGGACACUCAAAACCAGGAGACCGUCGCCUUCUGUGAAGAAGUCGCAAGUCUGAGGUCCCGGUUUCCCCAUGAUGACCCGGCGACCAACCCAGGGUUCAUCCUGAGCCCCGUCCUCUCUCAGAGGGGGGCGCACAGCGACAGCGCUGGGGGGGUGAAGGUGUCCAUCGAGAUCUCCGAAUCCCAGGAGCCCGUCACUUUCACCUGCGACGUGAGCUCCCCAGUGGAGCUGCUGAUCAUGCAGGCCUUGUGCUGGGUUCAUGACGAUCUCAGUCAGGUGGACAUCGGCGGCUACGUCCUGAAGGUCUGCGGCCAGGAGGAAGUGCUCCAGAAUCAGCACAGCCUGGGCUGUCAUGAGCACGUGCAGAACUGCAGGAAGUGGGAGACGGAGAUCAAGCUGCAGCUCCUGAGCAGGAGCGCGAUCCGCAAGGACCUGGCACGCACGGCUGAGGAUGACUCCUCCCCUAUCGACCUGGAGAAGCACCUGGACCAGGUGGAGAGGCCUUUCAAAGAGACCGUGACCAGGCAGGGCCUGGUCAGCCUGCUGGAGGGCUACCACAAGCAGGUCAACGCCUGCCUGCAGAACGAGGACACGCAGUAUCGCACGGUGGAUCGCGUGAUCCACGCCGCAAAGAGCCUGUGCAGCCUGCUGGAUGAGGUGGAGACGCCCGCCAUCACCCAGGCGGUGAAGAGGGUCAAACACGCCGCCAGCGUCCCGCGAACCGCGCCCCCGCAGGUUUCCUCACAAUCCUCCGGUGCUUCAACAAAUGGUAACCCCAGCCCUGUGGAGGACGCCCUAUCUGAGCUCACCUCCGCGCUGUACCAGCUGGUGAAGCUCUUCCUGCGCACCUUCUGCCCCGUCACUACCCAGCAUGCCGAGCGGGAGCCAGGCGAGGGCGGCGCUAGCAGGGAGGCCUCGGGCACCACGGAGCACCUGCAGUUCACGCUGUUCGCCGUGCACGGCAUCACGAAUGCCUGGGUCAGCAGCUAUGAGAAGUACUACCUGAUGUGUGCCCUGACGCACAACGGAAGGAACCUGUUCAAACCGAUCCAGUGCAAGAAAGUGGGGGCGUACAAGAGCUUCUUCUACCACGUCAAGUGGGACGAGCUGAUCCAGUUCCCGGUGGCGGUGGCUCUCCUGCCGCUGGAGGCCGUUCUGAGCCUUUCGCUGUACGGGGUCCUGAACCAGAACGCCGGUGGCUCGCCGGACCCCAGCAAGCAGCGCAAACCGCCGGAGCUCCUGGGAAGGGUGGCCACGCCCCUCUUCGACUUCCGAGGGGUUCUGGCGCAUGGGUCCCAGCUGCUGAGCCUUUGGUCCUUGCCCUCCCCCACCCUGCGGGGCACUGUGGGUAGGCGGAGGACCCAGGGGGCCAGAACCAUCCUGCAGGUGGAUUUCCCGAGUUCGGCGGUGAACAUCCUGUAUGUGGGCCCCCAGCCGGCCAGCUUACCUGACCCCCGGGCCCUGGAGCCCCUCGAACCCGACCUGGAGAAACGUCUGGAGAAACUGUGCAACAAGGCCUCCACACUUGGGCUGACCCGAGCCGACCGGCUGCUCCUGUGGGACAAGCGGCUGCACUGUCGGGCCUACGUGCGCAGCCUGCCCAAGGUCCUCGCUAGCGCCCCCAGCUGGGACUGGGGCAACAUGGCGGAGAUCCGCGCCCUCCUCCACCACUGGCCCGCCCUCUUGCCCGUGUCCGCCCUGGAGCUGCUCGAAUCCAAGUUUGCAGACUCGCAGGUGAGGGGCGUGGCUGUGGGCUGGAUCCAGGGCUGCAGUGACGACGAACUGACGGACUACCUGCCUCAGCUGGUGCAGGCACUGAAGUUUGAGUGCCACCUGAAGAAUGCCUUAGUGAUGUUCCUGCUGUCACGAGCGCGAGGGAACAUCAACGUAGCGCAUUCCCUUUACUGGCUGCUCCGGGACGCCAUGCAGGACCCGUGCUAUGGCCCCCGCUAUGAGAGCGUGCUGGGGGCGUUGCUGUGCCUGUGUGGGGCGGGGCUGAGGGCGGAGCUCGAUAAGCAGACGCGGCUGGUGCAGCUGCUGGGGGCGUUGGCUGACAAAGUGCGACAGGCCGGCAGCUCCACGAGACAGGCUGUGCUACAGGAGGGCUUGGGGGGUGUUCAGUCUUUCUUCCAGAAGCACUCCUGUGGCCUCCCUCUCAGCCCUGGGCUGGUGGUCCGGGACCUCAACGUCAAGGCCUGCUCCUUCUUCAGCUCCAACGCCGUCCCGCUGAAGAUCGCCAUGGUCAACGCUGACCCCCUUGGGGAAGAGGUCAACGUCAUGUUUAAGGUAGGCGAGGACCUGAGGCAGGACAUGCUGGCUGUGCAGAUGGUCCGGAUCAUGGACCGGGUCUGGCUGCAGGAGGGGCUGGACCUGCGCAUCGUCAACUUCAGGUGCAUCUCCACGGGCAAGGACAAAGGCAUGGUGGAGCUGGUGCCGGCCUCUGAGACCCUGCGCAAGAUCCAGGUGGAGUACGGGGUCACGGGGUCGUUUAAGGACAAGCCCCUGGCCGAGUGGUUGAGGAAGUACAACCCCACUGAGGAUGAGUAUGAGAAGGCCUCAGAGAACUUCAUCUACUCGUGCGCAGGCUGCUGCGUGGCCACCUACGUGCUGGGCAUCGGCGACCGCCACAACGACAACAUCAUGCUCCGGUCCAGCGGGCACGUCUUCCACAUCGACUUCGGCAAGUUCCUCGGGCACGCCCAGAUGUUUGGCAGCUUUAAAAGAGACCGCGCCCCCUUCGUGCUGACCUCAGACAUGGCGUACGUCAUCAACGGCGGCGAGAGACCCACCAGCCGCUUCCAGCUGUUCAUCGACCUGUGCUGUCAGGCCUACAACCUGAUCCGCAAACACACAGGCCUCUUCCUCAGCCUGCUCUCCCUGAUGACAUCAUCGGGCUUGCCGGAGCUGGCGGGGCCUCAGGACCUGAAGUACGUGCACGAUGCCCUCCAGCCCGAGAGCAGUGACGCAGAGGCCACCAUCUUCUUCACCAGGUUGAUCGAGUCCAGUCUCGGCAGCGUCGCCACGAAGUUUAACUUCUUCAUCCACAACCUGGCCCAGAUGCGCUUCUCCGGCCUGGCCUCCAGCGACGAGCCCCUCCUGUCCUUCUCCCCCAGGACCUACACCCUCAAGCAGGACGGCCGCAUCCGCGACGCCUCCAUCUUCACCUUCCAGAAGAGAUACAGCCCCGAGAAGCACUACACGUACGUGGUGAAGAUGCACAGGGAGGGCCAGAGCGAGGCCCAGUUUGUCUCCCGCACUUUCGACGAGUUCCAGGAGCUUCAUAGCAAGCUGAGCGUCCUCUUUCCCCUGUGGAAACUUCCUGGAUUUCCAAACAAAAUGGUGCUGGGCAGGACGCACGUUAAGGACGUAGCAGCCAAGAGGAAGGUGGAGCUCAACAACUACAUCCACAACCUGCUGAGGAGCUCCACGGACGUGACCCAGUGUGAUCUGGUGUACACAUUCUUCCAUCCGAUUGGCAAAGAUGACAAAGCAGAAGGGCUUGAGGGCGUGUCCAAACCUCCAGAGGCUCCUCCCAUCAGCCCCACGGCAGGGAGGGUGGAGGGGGAGGUGAAGCUGUCCGUGUCCUACAGGAACAGCACCCUCUUCAUCAUGGUCAUGCACAUUAAGGGCCUGGUAGCGGAUGAUGGAAUGGACCCUAACCCCUACGUUAAAACCUACCUGCUUCCAGACCCCCAGAAAAACUCCAAACGCAAAACGAAGAUCUCCAGGAAGACACGCAACCCCACCUUUAAUGAAAUGCUGGUGUACAGUGGCUACAGCAGGGAGACUCUGGCUCAGCGGGAGCUCCUACUGAGCGUGCUCAGUGCGGAGUCGCUGCGGGAGAACUGCUGUCUGGGGGGCCUGAAGCUCAGCCUGAAGGACUUUGACCUGAGCAAGGAGACGGUCAGGUGGUACAAGCUCACCGCCGUGCCCCUCUUCUGAGCCCCCCCGUGGAAGCGGGACCCACCCCCCACGCCCCC